AUGUGGAAGGGCAGACAGGCUCUGCAAUGUCUAAUUGCAGUUCUUCUUGCCUUCCUGACCUCUACUUCCUUAUCACCUGGGCAACCGAAGUAUAUGGUGCUGGUCCCUUCCCAGCUCUACACUGAGACCCCUGAGAAAAUCUGCUUCCAUCUACUUGAUCUGAAUGAGACAGUGACUGUCAGGGCCUCCUUGCAGUCUAGCUGGGGAACCAGAAGUCUGUCCAAUGAGUUUGUGGUUGACAAGGACUACUUCCACUGUGACUCCUUCACUCUCCCCAGAGUCUCAAUUUCAGAUGAGAAAGUGUCACUCUCUGUCCACAUCAAAGCACAGACACACGAAUUCAACAAAAAGAGUACGGUGCUGGUGAAGAACAAAGAAAGUGUUGUCUUUGUCCAGACAGACAAACCCGUGUACAAACCAGGACAGUCAGUCAAGUUUCGGGUUGUCUCUAUGGAUAAAAACCUACGCCCCCUGAAUGAGUUGUUUCCUCUGGCUUACAUUCAGGAUCCAAAGAUGAAUCGAAUUAUGCAGUGGCGGGAUAUUAACACAGAACAUGGGCUUAAGCAGCUGUCCUUCAGCCUGUCAUCAGAGCCUAUUCGGGGCUCCUACAAGAUAGUGAUAAUAAAACAAUCAGGAGUGAAGAAAGAACACUCCUUCACCGUGGAGGAAUUUGUGCUUCCCAGGUUUGAAGUUCAAGUAAAGGUCCCAAAGGUCAUCUCUGCGCAAGAUGAAAAAAUAAACGUGACUGUGUGUGCAGUAUAUACCUAUGGGAAGCCUAUACCGGGACAGGUAAAGAUGCAUAUAUGCUGUGACUAUCAGGAUUCUAGCGGGAAGGGAGAGGGUGCGUGCAUGCCAGUCAGUUACCAGCUAGACAACAAUGGCUGCACCACACAAGAAGAAAACAUUGCUGUGUUUCAAUUAAAGGAAAGAUAUUAUGAAGUCCAGCGUCUUUUUGUCAUGGCAAUGGUUAUAGAAGAAGGGACAGGAUCCAAGUUCAUGGGAUCUGGGACAAGUAAAUUUGAAAGAACUACAACCAAACUCAUAUUCGUGAAAGCUGAUUCACACUUUAAACAUGGAAUUCCAUUCAUAGUGAAAGUCCGCCUAGUGGAUAUCAAAGGAGCUCCCAUGCCAAAUGAGCAAGUCUUCAUCAAAGCACAUGAACUUGACUAUAUCAAUGUUACUACCUCUGAUCAGCAUGGCCUGGCGGAGUUCUCCAUCAACACCACCAACAUCGAAGGGUCUUCCCUCACUAUCAAAGUCUACCACAAAGAGGAAAAUUCAUGCGUCCAUCACCCUUGUACAGCAGAAGAGCACGCAGAGAUACAUCAUGUGGCUCACAGUGUGUACUCCUUCAGCAGGAGCUAUGUUCACCUGGAGACAGAGGCCGGGGUCUUGCCCUGCAGUCAGAAUCACACGGUUCAGGCACAUUUUAUUCUGAAGGGUCCGGUCUUGAGAGUGAUGGGAGAGCUUAUCUUCUAUUACCUGGUCAUGGCCAAGGGCAGCAUUAUCCAGACUGGAAGCCACACUCACCACAUGGAGCCAGGAGAAUUUCCAGUGAAAGGCGACUUUGCCCUGGAGAUCCCCGUGGACUUGAGCAUGGCUCCUGAGGCUAAAGUAUUCAUCUACACCAUCCUGCCUGAUGGAGAAAUGGUUGCAGAUUCUGCAAAAUUUGAAGUUGAAAAGUGUCUUCUCAACAAAGUGGACCUGACCUUCACCCCAGCCCAAAGUCUUCCCGCCUCACAGGCCCAUCUGCGUGUCACAGCUUCACCUCAGUCCCUCUGUGGCCUAAGAGCUGUGGACCAAAGCGUGCUGCUCCUGAGGCCUGAAGCUGAACUCUCCCCUUCCUGGAUAUACAAUCUGCUGGAUAUGCAGCCCAACAACUUCAUCCCAAGUUCAUUGACUCACCAAUUGCUUGAAGAUGAACAACUGUGUUGGUGGGGUGGAGAUAAUGGUGGACUCCCACCCUUACAACCAAAUGAGAGAGAUGUCUACAGUUACGUGGAGAACUAUGUCCAUUUCUUCUAUUGUAACCUCAUAGUGCCUGCUAAGGCAUCUGAUGAUGGGAAUAACAGAGAACAUGAAGAAGUCAUGAACAUACCAGUACAUAAAGAUCCACCACCAAGGAAAGAUCCACCACCAAGGAAAGAUCCACCACGUGAAGAUCCACCUACUGAGACCAUUAGAAAAUACUUCCCUGAAACCUGGAUCUGGGAUUUAGUCACAGUAAACUCAUCAGGAGUAGCUGAAGUGGAAGUGACGGUCCCUGACACCAUCACUGAGUGGAAGGCCGGAGCCCUCUGCCUGUCCAGUAACACUGGACUUGGCCUCUCCCCUGCAGUAUCCCUCCAAGCCUUCCAGCCCUUCUUUGUGGAGCUCACGAUGCCCUACUCUGUGAUCCGUGGAGAAGCCUUCACACUCAAGGCCACCGUGCUGAACUACCUCCCUACAUGCAUCCGGGUCGGUGUGCUGCUGGAAGACUCCCCUGAUUUCACAGCUGUCCCAGUGGCAAAAGACGAAGAUUCUUACUGCCUCUGUGCCAAUGGGAGGCACACCACAUCCUGGUUGGUAACUCCCAAAUCAUUAGGGAAUGUGAAUUUCUCUGUGACUGCGGAAGCACAACAGUCCCCAGAGCCUUGUGGUUCUGAGGUGGCCACAGUUCCUGAAACUGGGAAGAAGGACACAGUUGUCAAAGUCCUGAUAGUGGAGCCCGAAGGAAUUAAGAAAGAACACACCUUCAGUUCACUGCUCUGUGCAUCAGAUGCCGGCAUAUCUGAAAAAUUGUCGCUGAUGCUCCCACCAGCAGUAGUGAAAGGUUCAGCCAGAGCCCAUUUCUCUGUGUUGGGUGGUCUCUUGGGUUCAGCCAUAAAAAACACACAAAAUCUUCUCGAAAUGCCCUUUGGCUGUGGGGAGCAGAACAUGGUGCUUUUUGCUCCCAACAUCUACGUACUGAAAUAUCUGAAUGAGACCCAACAGCUGACUGAGAAGAUCAAGUCAGAGGCCAUUGGUUACCUCAAUGCUGGCUAUCAGAGGGAGCUGAACUACAAACACAAGGAUGGCUCCUACAGCGCCUUUGGGGAUCAGGGCGGCCAGAAUGAAGGAAGCACUUGGCUCACAGCCUUUGUGCUCAAGUCUUUUGCCCAAGCUCGAGCCUUCAUCUUCAUCGAUGAAACACACAUCACCCACGCCUUCACCUGGCUCUCCCAGCAGCAGCAGGACAAUGGCUGUUUCAGGAGCUCUGGAUCGCUGUUCAACAAUGCCAUGAAGGGUGGAGUAGAAAACGAAGUUACUCUCUCAGCCUAUAUAACCAUUGCCCUUCUGGAGAGUUCACUUCCAGACACACAACCUGUUGUCUCCAAAGCGCUGACCUGCCUAGAGUCAUCCUGGAAGACAAUACAGCACAGGGGAAAUGGCAGCUCUGUGUACACCAAGGCUCUGCUGGCCUAUGCUUUCGCUCUGGCAGGGAACCAGGACAAGAGAAAUGAAAUCCUAAAAUCACUUGAUACUGAAGCUGUAAAAGAAGACAACUCCGUCCAUUGGGAAAGACCUCAGAAACCCAGGAAUUCAGAGAGGUAUCUGUACAAACCACAGGCUCCCUCUGCUGAAGUGGAGAUGAAUGCCUAUGUCCUCCUCACUCUCCUCACUGCCCAGCCAGCCCCAGCCCCUGAGGACCUGGCUUUGGCAGUGCGCAUCGUGAAGUGGAUCACAAAGCAGCAGAAUUCCCAUGGCGGCUUCUCUUCCACACAGGACACUGUGGUGGCCCUCCAUGCUUUGUCCAAGUAUGAAGCAAUUACUUUUGUCAGAAGUCAGAAAACUCCUUUGGUGACGAUCCAGUCUUCAGGGACAUUUUCCAUAGAGUUCCAAGUAGACAAUAGUAAUCACCUAUUACUGCAGCAGGCCCCACUACCAGACAUCCCUGGGGACUAUGACAUCAAUGUGUCAGGGGAAGGAUGUGUGUAUGCUCAGACAACGCUAAGAUACAACGUGCACUUGGAGAAACAGGAGUCUGCAUUCACUCUGCGGGUACAGACAGUACCUCUGACUUGUGAUAACCCCAAAGGCCACAACAGCUUCCAGAUCUCACUAGAAAUCAGUUAUACAGGGAGCCGUCCAGCCUCCAACAUGGUGAUUGUUGAUGUGAAGAUGGUAUCUGGUUUCAUUCCAUUGAAACCAACAGUGAAAAAGCUUGAAAGAUCAGAGCAUGUGAGCAGAACAGAAGUGAGCAACAACAAUGUCUUAUUAUAUGUGGAUCAGGUGACCAAUCAGACACUGGCCUUUUCCUUCGUCAUUCAACAAGACAUCCCAGUGAGGAACCUGCAGCCUGCCAUUGUGAAAGUCUAUGACUACUACGAGACAGAUGAAGUGGUUUUUGCUGAAUACAGCGCCCCCUGCAGCUCAGGUGAGCUCCUAGCACUCCUUACCACAAGCCUUUCUCUGACCAACCUUCCUUCCCUUCAAAACUACCCAGAACUUUUGUUGGAUGAUCUCAGAACGCUCUCAUUAUGUGCAAACACAGAAUGGUACACGUUGGGAUUGGCGCACUAA